CGAAGAACAUGACAGAGAAAGAGAGAGAGACAGAAACGAGAGAAGAGAAUGUAGAGGAGAGAGAAGAUAAUGAUGGGGAGAGAGAGACAGUGAGGAACGAUGAAGAUGGUACCAUGGACGAAACCCAGACACAAAGUAGCGACCUGAGAAGCGCAUUGAAGAGCCGUUCCACAGUGUGAAGAAUGUUGAAGGAGCUGUUGUUGUUAGGUAUGGAGAAAUCGAAAGUCUGGAUUUUAAGCUUGUUAAACUUAAAUUUCUUAUUUGUUUAUGUGUUGGCUUGAGUUUGAGUUGUUUUAAUUUGACAGAGAUGAAAGAGGUGAAAUCGAAAGUGAUGAAACCGUGGUUGAAACAGAGAAAAUGGAUUUCGAAGAAGGUUAUGAAACUGAAUAUUAGUAUGUGGAAAAGAAAAAAUCUGGAAAAAAAGAUAAGAUGGAUGAAGAUGAGGAUACUCUUGGUCGCUAUUAGUUUGAGAUCGAAGAAUCAGUCGCUGAAUUUGAGGAUGAGGAGCUAACUGAAAGAAACGAGAUACCAGAGAGUUCAGAUGACUCUUCUGAGGAUGAGAUCGAUGUGCAUGAGAAGAGAAUGAAAAGAAGAAGAAGUCAUGAUAGAUUAGCUUUGGGGAGUAGCUACUACACCUUGUAUGAGUUUAAAGAAGUUGUUUUGGAGUAUGCUUUGAGCAAGAGAAGAAACAUUUAGCAAGACAGGUGGGAUAAGACAAAAGUCUCAUUUGUGUGUGGCAUCGGUAAGAAGUGUAAAUGACGAAUUUAUUGCUCAUAUUAUACUGAAAGUCAGAAAUGGCUGUUGAAGACGAAGUACAAGUUUCAUAGUUGCACUCCAGAUGGGAAAUGCAAGUUGUUGAAAAGUCCGGUGAUUGCAAGACUAUUUUUGGAUAAGCUGAGACAGAAAGCGGAUUUGAUGCCCGAGGAGAUUCAACAGAUUAUAAAAGAUAAGCGGAAAAUUGUCAGUACACGGAACCAGUGCCAACGAGGGAGACUUUUAGCUCUAAAAUGGCUUGAGAAAGAGUACGAGGAACAGUUUGCUCAUCUUCGAGGAUAUGCACAAGAGAUCAUGGUGACAAAUCAUGGUUCCACAGCCAUUGUAGACACGUACAGAAACAAAGCAGGGGAAGAUGUGUUUAGUGGUUUUUUAUGUCUGCUUUGGGAUUCUUCGGGACACUUGGAGAGGAUAUUGUAGGCCAAUUAUCGGUGUUGAUGGUACUUUCUUGAAGAGAGCUGUGAAAGGGGUGUUGCUAACUGAUGUUGGACAUGAUGCGAACAAUCAAAUCUACCCGAUUGCUUGGGCUGUUGUUCAAUACGAGACAACUGAUAGUUGGCUAUGGUUUAUCAAGAAACUAAAACAUGACUUAGUUCUACAAGAUGAGAAUAGGUUUGUCAUCAUUUCAGAUAGAUCAAAGGGACUAAAAAGUGCCAUGGAGUCAGAGUUACCGAAAGCUGAACAUAGAAAAUGUGUGAAACACAUUGUGGAAAAUGUGAAGAAGAAUCAUGCCAAGAAAGACUUGCUGAAACCGAGGAUAUAGGAUAUUGCUCGGAGCUAUACGAAGUCAGAAUUUGACUACAAUGUCAGGAAGUUAGAAGCAUACAAUUUGGACUUGUACAAUGAUGUUAUGAAGGAGCUGCCGGAAACUUGGUCUCGAUAUGCUUACAAGCUUGGAAGCUGUUGUGAAGACGUUGACAACAACGCAACAGAGUCCUUUAACUCUACCAUCACGAAAGCAAGAGCCAAAUCAUUGGUCCCGAUGCUUGAGAUGAUAAGGAGGCAAGCAAUGGUACGCAUCGCCAAAAGACACACCAUACCGAUGAGGCAUGAGGGGGUUUGUUCAAAGUAUGCAGCUGAUCUGCUUGCAGAGGAGAAGAAAAUCGCAGAUGAGUGUGUGACACCUGCAACCCGUGGAGUCUUUGAGGUCACUGUAGAUGCCAAUUCAUAUAAUGUCAACACAGUAAGGCAUACAUGUUCAUGCGGAAAAUGACAAAUAAGUGGAGUUCCGUAUGAACACGCUUAUGGAGCAAUGAUUGAUAAAGGUUUGAAUGUUGAUGAAUAUGUCUCAGGCUUCUUCUCUACACUUAUGUGGCAAUAUAUUUACAACACCAAUCUAGAACCUGUUAGAGGACCACGAGUAUGGAUGAAGUCCGAUUUAGGAUUGAUAGUUGCUCCUCUUGAGCCUGAUCAACCUGGGAGAAAGAAGAAGAAGAAGCAAAAAAAAUUCCCUAGGAUAAAAGGCAAAUUUGAAUCACCAACGAAGAAAAACAAGAAGAAGAAGAAGAAGAAGAAGAAGAAGAGGGAAGUGGAGAAGCUUGGAAGGGGUGGUCGGACAGUCCACUGUGGUUCAUGUGGCGAGGCAGGCCAUAACGCCAACGGUUGUAAAGUCCAUCCAAAGAAGAAGAUGAAAAAGACACACCAAACAGUGGAAGAGGGCACUUCUUCUCAUGUCCAUGAAGAGAUCAGACUUACACAGCCUACUCAAUCUACUCAAGCUCAAGAUUAGUGGCUCUUUUAUUGUAGUUUACAACUCUAUUUUCAUGUCUUUUGUGGCUUUUGUUGUUCUUUCAAACUCUAAAUGAAUGUACUUUUGUGGCUUUUGUUGUGCUUUAAAACCUGUUUCGUUUUGUUUCUAUUCUUUAUCUUACGUUUGUGUGCAUAAACAAGUAACACUCAUGUUUUAAACUCAAGCAUAACCAAGCAUAACGAACAUGAUAAUAUCAGUUACGGAAACACAUAAGAACAUAAUCUUGACACUGAAAACAUAAGAUAAGAGUCUUACAUAAGUCCAAAAACAUAAUAGAAAUUCAUUACAUAAAGAACAUGAUUAUCUCAGUUCCUCUUCGUUGUCUCUCUCGCUCUCUCUGUUCCUCGUCAUUGUCAUCAUGUCUCUAUGUUCUCGUCGUCGUCUUUCUAUGUUCUCGUCGGCGUCGUGUCUCUCUGUUCCCAUUGUCGUCGUCGUGUCUCUCUGUUCCCGUCGUCGUCUGUGUGUUCUUCAUCGUGUCUUUGUGUGUUCUUGGUCGUGUCUCUGUGUGUUCAUCGUUCCUCACUGUCUCUCUCUCCCCAGGAUUAUCUUCUCUCUCCUCUGCAUUCUCUUCUCUCGUUUCUGUCUCUCUCUCUUUCUUUUUUUCUUUAUCUGUCAUGUUCUUCGUUUGUGUCGUGAAACAGAGACAUGAAACCUAAUUUGAAGUUGAUCUCCAAUUCUUUUUUUUUUUUUGUAAGUUAACUCGGGUCGGGUUUUAUUUUUAAUCUUCGGUCGGACUUUGAUUUAAUUGGGCAAUCGCAAUUUAUAAAACGCAAUUAAUUUUUCUCUAAUUUCGGUUUCGAAAUUGAUUAGGGAGGGGGAUUAAAAAAGUUUGGGGGGGAGAUAUGAAGAGAAUUCAUAUUUAUGGGUGGAUUUGUCAAGAGCCAAAAAGUUUUGGGGGGAGGGAAUAGGUAGGGUGUGCAAGUCUCCAGGGGGUUUAGACAGCCAACUCUAUAUUUUUUAAAAAUGUUCAAGAAAAAUAGUUUCUAAACAGAUGUUUUCAAAUAAUGUUCGAGAAAAAUAGUUUCUUUUAAGUCUAAUUUACUGCCGCCUAAACCGAUUUUUAGAACACUGAUACCUGAAACAGGUUUCUGUUGGUGGUCGAUGGAGUAGGUUCAAGACUUACUCAAGGAUACAAAGAACAUUGGAGACUUGGGGGUUUUGUUUUAAAGUUUAUUUUCAGGACAUGGUUAAGCAAUCAGAAUUUUUCAUACAACGGUUGUAAGUUGUGUUACUUGUCUAUUAGUAUUAUUUGUUUUGUUAAAAGAACAUUCUCAUUUGCUUACUUUUUGUUUCACUAUAGGGGGAAUGACUGAGGAGAAAAAGGUUUUAGCUAAAUGGUUGAAGGAAAGCAUAUUGAGAUUAGGUCCUAUAUUUAUUAAAAAUUGGCCAGCAGUUUUCUACCAGAGUGGAUAUUCUUCCUCAAGAAUAUGUUUUGAUCAAUUAUCAGAACUUCAGGUUUGAUUCCUUCUUAAUCCAAUGGCUACUCUUAUGUGUUGCAUAUUUAUUUAUUUAAUUAAUGAUAUAUUUCGACCGUUUUGAUUAUGAACCUAUAGCUGCAGCUAGUCUUGGUAAUAGUCUUUUGUGGUAAUGUACGAAUCUUACCUGGAGCAAGCAAGAAAACUAUGACAAUCGCAGUCUUACUAACAGAGAUCAAUCUUGUCUAUCUC